ACAUGUGGGUAUAUUGCCGAGGAGAUGUGUUCAGAGCUACCGGUCAUUCUGGUGAAUAGGCCUCCAAGAAGCGACACACAUAUUCCACACGGCGUACAAGAGUUGCUUCCCUUCGUUUAAACCGAAACCAGGAAGAAGAGGUAACAGCACAGGUCUCAUAAUGGAAGUCCUGUGUAGAGACAUACCUAGCCGUCAUCGGUCCUUGAAGCUUGGCGAUUGUCCGCAUGGAGUUCCGAUGGUCCAAAACCCGAUUUCGGAGGGUUUUGCUGAGAAUCCACAUCUGUAUUGUGGUUACCAACGGGAGGCUGGUAGAGACACCAGCAGUCACUCACGGGAUCUAGAGGCCUGGGGGAAGGUAUCUGUCCUGUGGGGGCUGGUAGAGGCAUCGGCGAGUUACAGUCAACACGACACGACGAACAGAAGCAACAACUCCCUCACUCUACAAAGCACUUGCAGGAUACAGAAAGGCACCCUUUCACUCCAGACCCCCAAAGUUAUGAAGGAAAGACGCUGUAGGAAAGACAUCUGCAAAAAGGCAACAUACUUUGUCAAUACUAUUUGUAUCGGGGGUGAAGCAUCUCUUACAGUCCAACUGGAUUCCGAGCAGGAUUCGAGCAGGUCUUCUUCAACAUCAGAAGGCGGGGUGAAGGUGUUCGGCUCAUCCUUCAGCAAGGACAUUGGUUCGUACGCCAAUUCCUAUUCCGGAACAUGUUCUGUGUAUGCCGAAUACAGUUCUCCGUUUUAUGAGGACAAAUGGGUGUUGAAACGUACCUUGACGUCGGAGUCAGACAUUGACGAGUGUGUUGAGGAGGUUGAGAAGAAGGAACAAGAGAUGGAGCAGUUUGCUGAGAAGGUUCGCAAUACGGACAUCAAUGCCCUGCACUACAAGUAUGUGUUCAUGUCAUCUGCACCUCCCUCGUCGGGAGUUAACAUGAUCGACACGAGGGUGAAGGUGGGGAGUAUUCUGAAGGAGCUGGGCAAUGUGCUGGAGGAGGCUGGGCCAGAUCCAAGCAACAACGAGAUGAAGACUUUCGUGAAUGAUGUGAGGGUCAUGGUGACAAGCCUUAAAAACAUGAUGAAGUCGGGUGAUAUUGAUAUGGAGACGGUGAACACUGUAUAUGGACAACAUGCGCCUAACUAUUACAGAAGGAAGCUGAAACGGCUGCAGUCUGCCUAAAGACAUCCUUGGGUCCAUCUCAGCGAUACUUACAUACUUUAGCAUAGAUUUACGAUAGUUGCAGUACUAAUAGUGUUUACUAACUCUAAACAAAUAUCGGCACUGUAAUUAACCAAUGACCUUACACCUGUCCUUACACAUACAUACUAACAUAUAUGCCGGUUCUCUCGAAACGUUUUGUGAGUUUCGUUUAACUUCGAGACAAGGCAUGUUAAACCUAUUGUAUCGUUUACGUACCUGGUCGACUCAAAGAUUAUGUAUAUGUCGGGAAGCGUUUCUUGUAAUGUGUUUUUGAAUGUCUCGAAGUUUCAGUUCUCGGAAUGCGUUCCGUUCAACAAGGUAAGGAUGCACCUGAUUGUCAUCGUUGCUUUGUCAGCACAAUACACGGGCUCGUGGCUUUCACCAAGUUGUAAACUUGGAUGACUUUCGAUGUGAUGAGCCUUACAUUUACAACACGGAUAGCUAUGAAACAAUGAUCGCACAAUUAUGAGAUAAUACAAAAUAGGAUUAUUAGAAUAUAGGAUCAGUAGAAUGCAUCACAACGAUCAUUGGGAUGAACUAUUAUAUCAUGUUUCUCGAUCAGGUCAGGUAAUAUCAUGGUACUUUUUUAAACUUAUACAAUUUCCAAUGUUCUCUGGAAUCGCACGGCAAAGUCGACAUCAAAGGACAAAAGAAACAGGAAUGUUGGUCCAAACUUCGAAUUUCUAACAGCGUUUGAUCAACUACCCGGGAAUUGAAAUUGAAAGCGCAAGGUGGUCCAUUUGAACAUGUGUCCACCCAUCACCCACUCGGCAUUGGAAGGGUUCAUGUUACGUAUUUACGACGUCAACACGUUCAUGGUAUCGUGUGUGGAAGGAAACUAUAAAAUGUCAACCCAUGAGAAUCAUCUGCCGAUUCAGUUGUAAAAGGUGUAAAAGACGAAAUAGUGUCCUUCACUACCGAUGGCCACUCACACACGAAAAGGGGGCGUUAUGACAAUAUUGGUUUUCGUUCCCUGGAUGGCGAUGCCUGAAUGUGUUGAUGUGUUUCAUUAUGCAACACAAGACACACACUGGCGAAUGUGUAAUAGAAAGAUAAGCUGAGCUGCGUCUGCCGCCAUUGUUCAUUAGCUGUGUUCUUGAAACAGCAACAUGGAUAUGUUUAUAAAGGGAGACAACUCUACCGGGAAUAACGAGCAUGAUUUGUGAUGACAUUUAGCACCAUUUUACUGGCGCUGUAUUCAGAUACAUUACACGUGACAGUUUUUGUUUAAAAAUCGUUGUUAUUGUUGGUUUGUGGUUCGAUCGCAGGAGACUUCCUUUCGGUGAAACUUUGUGCAUCAAAUGCGUCAUUUCUAGGCAGCCCACAGUUACUGCCAUGUUUCAAUCCUCUCUGUGUGUUGUGUGUCUGUGUGUGUGCCUGUGUGUACGUGUGU